UCCCAGCUCGUUAACAGACACCUAGUUGUUUCACCCUGUACAACAGGUAUGUAAAUAUUUAUAACAACCAUGGGGUGAGAUAUACAAGUUCAUUUUAUGUUACAAUUUCCAUGAAAUAGUUAAAUAUUCAAGAUGGUUUCUGCCACACAUAAGCCGAUUGAUUAUUAUUUGUUGACUAUAAUGCACUGGUAAUGAUUUCCGAGAAAUUUAUAUUUAGAUUAUGGUUCACUAAUUCAGUACUUUAAUUGAACUGUGUCCUACAGGGAAGGCAAACUUGUAAACCCCUAAAAAUAUCAUCUACCGUGUUUGUCUGAUACUGGUACCGUGUGUGUACUAUAUACACAAACCUAAGUGUUACCAGAUAAAGCAAAAAUGGAUAAUCCUUUCCUUAAUUAUGGCCAAAUGAUGAUUGUUCAGAGAGCCAAGAAAUCUGUGGAUAAAGAAAUAGAUGACGCCGUUAGGAAACUAAGUCUUGGGCGUUUUGAUCGUGAAAGUGGGGAGUUAUUUCAAGAACGGUUAACUUCAAGUUUGAACGAGGUGUUGGUAUUAGAGCCAGAAACGGGGAAAAUAUUCAUGAUCAUUGAGAUGAUGCGCUUCACCUCUCAGAGUCCACCAGAUAACAUCGUUUCAUUAUUUGCUGUUAUGCGCUAUGUUUUUAUAGCUGUCAGUGUGGUUGAUACAAUGAUUACGUUUUUUGACUUAGUUGAUCAUGAACCAGAUAUAGGAAUUAAUGCUAUUUACCUGGCUGAGUUCGAUAAAACAACUAAUAGGUUGAAAGAGAAACUAACCGUUAAAAAAUUACACAUUUGUAUGUUCAUCUUGAAAGAGUUUUACGAUAUGGCCAAAAAAGCCUACAUAGAAGGCAAUAACACGGCUUCAUAUUUUAUUACUACAAGAACUUUAAACCUAAUGGAUCACAUAUGUAAAGAUAAUUCUAUGUUUGUUUUAUGUCAUCCCGUUGCUAUGGAUAUCCUGAUACUAAACUGUCAGUCAAUUCCCAUAAUGAAAUACCCAGAUUUUGUUCUAAUAAGAAUGAAGAACGUCCCAGCUUUAUUAUCAGGCCAAAAUCAACAAGCUGAAAGACUGAAACUACUGGCCCAGGCAUAUGAAUUCAAGGAUAUUUACAGUCUUGCUAUUCAACGUGGAAAAGAAGCCAGAGAAUUAAUGGAAACUGAUGAAGAUAAAGAAGAAAUGACAAUAUUAAUUAAAAGAAUGGAAGAAAAAGAAAGACGUAAAAGAAAGAAUCGACACCCGGCUAAAAAAAAUCCCAAACCAAGAAUCACAUUAAAGGAGCUUACGGAAUCAGCUGAUGGUGAUGACGGUAAAGUUGUCCUUGAUGCUGAUAUUGAGCCCGUUAUUAAAACAGCAGAGUCUGAGAUUGCUAGUGGGCAGUUUAACAGUACUACAGCAAAACAAUUUCAUGAUAACAUACUGAGUUAUCUACGGACAAGGGAUACUAAAGACCACGAUAAUCCCCUUUUGGCUCGUAUUUUAUUUGGAUUAAUCAUAAUAAAACAGCUAUUUCUGUGAUUGGUACCAGCUGUAUAAGAGACGAAUCAGUAACUGACAAACCGAAGAUAACGCUCGAACCUGUAUUAGAUAAAAUAUUCAUUGAGUUCUUUCCUAAAACAUUAGAGGACAAAUUAUCAAAAAAGGAUGCCCCCAUCAUGCUUGAAGAAUUAAUGGGUAUUGCUGAAUUGUCUGUUAAAAAUGGGAAUAAGAAUGCAUGUCUCUAUAUAACAAAUAUAACUAUCAGAUUACAUAUGUUAUAUAUGACGAAGGAAGAAGAAGGGGUAGCCAUUUUACCAGAUUUAUUCUUAUUACAGCUUCAAGGUGUAGACAUCAAGAUGUUUCCUGAUUAUGUUAUUGGUGUCUGUGAAACAAUAUCAUCUUUCCCAUGUUGUACCAGCGCCCAAAGAGCAAAACGACUUGAAUUUGAAGCACUGGCCCUCAAAGAGAAACACGGUUAUCAUGAAGCUAUCGAGAAAGCAACACUGUCAAUAGCGACUUUUCAAAAUCAAAAUGACAAAGACAGAGUAUCGGCGUACUUACACACAUUAGAGGAAAUGAUGGAAAAGACUAGCAUUGGAACUGCAGAACAGAAGAACACCCACGACAGUCAUGUUGCAGAGUUAGAUCCAACAGCACAGUUACAAAGUUCAUUAUAAUCUGUAGACUGGUUUUCAGUCAGUCUAAUAUGUAUGUAAUCACAGGGCAUAAGCACACAAAAGAUUUGGGUGCCCACAUAAAUAAUAGUUUAUUCGCAACUACAUGAUCAGACAUGAGUAUGGACGUUACAACAUACAAAUACAAAUAUAAGACAUUGCACAUUGUUGUAGAUUAUGAUUUAUAAUUUGAAUCUGAUAAAAUAACACUAUCUUUUGUAUUUUGUAUAUAAUAUGAGUGGUAAGUCACUUAAAGUAGCUAAGUCUCUAACUCAAUAUCAUCCAAAAUCUUCGACAUUGAAAACACGAAUUAUUUGUCAAUUUAAAUCAACAUUGAUGUUGUGAUCUUACCGGGAAAAGAUGGGCUUCUGAUAUUCAAUAUUUAAGACAAAAUAAACAUUUUACCAUUGGUACACGAAUCGUGUACCAUAAUGCGUUUCAGGCCCAUUCUAACAAGGGACUCGAAGAACGAGGCUAGACAUUCAACAAGUCAUGUCAAACGGUGACGGCAUAUUCAUAUCGGGAGAGUAUGCGCAAUAAAUACUAUGUAGACUAGAAUAACCCAGACGCUAGAAAUUUUCAUUGUAUUGAAACUUCAGACAUAAUUCGCCGAACGUAACUGAUUUGAAAUUUGAGUAAAAAUGGAAACGAUUGAAUGUAAAUCAGUUUAUAUAUAUUCCUAUUACAUUAUUAUAUGCGUUACGACCCAUUUGUGUCAAUUUCUAGGUCCAAAAUAUUAACGAUUUAGCUCCUUUAAGAUAUUGUUAUCAUGAAAUACAGAAAAUCCAAAUGUCAUGUCACUUAAUUGUAUAAAUAAGUUUUAAUUAAUUGUAUUCCUAUUUUAUUGAAGGCUUUCAGUACAAAGCAUCCAACAUUUAUCUGCACACUUCAUUAUUCAUUAAUAUAUUAUGUUGAAUGGAGGAAGAUAUUGUUGUCAAAAAUUGUCAUAAAAAGGGUAUAAUAAAUAUUUCUCAUCUUCUAGUGAAUUAAACAUGCAUCAUUCAAGAGCUAAAUCUGCCUAUUGCGGGUUUUUCUUUAGGCCUUAAAUGUUAUCUAAAUUAUUAAUAAGACACUAAUUAACGUAUCAAGACCUGCGGUAUUUAGUGGGUUUGAAUACUUGUUGUGAUGAGGGGGUUGGAUGGUCGAAUGGUUAGCACGUGCGUGCUGUAUCAUAAGGCCUGUCAUUGAGUUAACUGGCGUACGUGACAAGGAGUAGGGUUGGCUGUCCAACAUCCCGGCUCCGGCAUCCUCUCACUGCUAAAGACCCCUACGCGCAAGCGAAUUAUUGAAAUAAAUUUUAAAAAAAAAACAUAUGUUAGUCCCGAAAUGACCUUGUUUGUGUCGAGUGGACGUUAAACUCCAUCCCUCUCUCUCUCUUUCUCUCUCUCUUUCUCUCUCUCUGUCUCUCUCUCUCUCUCACUUGUUGUAAUGGAUGAAAUAACCGUAAAAAUGGAUAUUCGAGACAUUGUUUAUUAUCGUAAUAACGGUAGUAAUGACGAUUGAAGCUAGCCUAAAAUUAAAUCGCUAAUAUCUAGUUUCAAAGUGAAGUAAUUUGACUGCAAUUUUCAGCAUAUUCUAUUUUCUAUUAUCUAUUUUAACUAUUCUAGCGAGAACUGUCAGUGUUUUAUCUAAUCUAACCUAAUUGCCCUUCAGUAGACAUAAAUGUGUUUCUAUAUUA